AUGACGACUCUCAACAUCCCAAGCAAGUUCCGCAUCGCUAUCGUCGGCGCAGGCCUCGGAGGCCUCCUUUUCGCUCUCUUCCUCCAGAAGCACGCAGAGGACAUCGAGGUCGACAUUUAUGAGUCCGCGCACGAGCUCACCGAACUUGGCGCAGGCGUCGCGAUGUGGCCACGUGUCUGGGAGCUCAUCAAGUACCUCGGACUGGAGGAGGAGCUCUUGGAGAUCAGCGGGUCAAGCCGUGCCGGAGUUCCCAAUUUCGUCUUUGAGAAGGCUGACGAGGCGCAGUCCGUGUAUAUCCACACGUUCCCCGCACCCGUGCAAACGUUCCACAGGGCGGAUUUGCAGAAGCUCCUUGCGAAACACCUUCAUGCGUACGAGAGGAUUCAGUACGCGAAGCGGCUCGCGUCCUACACAGAUCCUGCGUCGGAGAGCGAUCCCAUUGUGUUGAAUUUCAGGGACGGUACCGAGGCGAUGUGCGACGUGCUCGUAGGAUGCGACGGUAUCAAGUCAGCUGUGCGGCGCACUAUGUACACUCGCAUGGCUGAUGAGGCUGAGGUGAACGGGCAAGCCGAAGAGGCCACACGGCUUCGUGCGAUGAAUGAUCCCAUUUGGUCAGGGUGCGUCGCGUACCGCGGAUUGAUUCCGGCGGGGCAUUUGGAGAAUAGUGACAGGAAGGAGGCUCUUGUGCCUCGUAUUGUAAUUGGCAAGCAUAAGAAUGUCGUGAUCUACCCGAUAUCUGGAGGGGAAAUCGUUAACGUGGUCGCCUUCGUGGAGACACCAGGAGGCCGAGGGACUCAUUACUCGGGCCCAUGGGUCUCGACUUCUACCACGGAGGAGGUCGCAAAGCAGUUCUCUGGAUGGGCUCCAAUCAUCCGAACACUUGUCAAUUCUUGGAGUAACCCAACGGUCUGGGCUAUCCACACCGUCGCGGAACUCCCCACCUUCGUCAAGGGCAGAGUUGUUUUGCUCGGUGAUGCGGCACAUGCGAUGACCCCUCACCAGGGCUCUGGUGCCGGUCAAGCAUUCGAGGAUGGCCUCAUACUCUCGUCACUUCUUGCUCAUCCCUCCGUCAAUCUGAAGACCAUCUCUCGAGCUCUGAAGAUAUACGACGACGUCCGGCGUCCGUUCGCGCAGAACAUCCAACGUGUCUCGGACCUGACGGGCUCGAUGUACCACCUUCAUGAGAUGGGCUGGGAGAAGGUGAGCGCCGAGGGAAGCAUGGCUGGUCAGUACCCGCCGGAGUUGCUGUCUGCGUGGGGACAAAGGAUGUCAGAGCUGCUGGUCUGGGUUAGCGAGGGAGACUCCAUGAAGGCGCGGGAGCAGGUUGUGAGCUUGCUGGAAAGCACCCUUGCUUGA